AUGCCCUGCUUCAAAGGGCUCGCCGUGAGCAUUCACACCCCGGAUGGACCCAUCUCCGAGUAUUCCAUUCAACGCCAAUCCCGAGCCUCGCGGAUAGCCUGCUUCAUCCCCGUGCCUCCACCAAAAGUCCCGGAAUCCGGCUCAGAAAAAGCGGAACAAUCCACCUUCGCCAUCUCCAUCACCCUCCUCAACCCCGAACAAGAUGUGCCAUACUCGACACCAAAGCCGACGGCCGACUGCCCCGACCCGAAACCCAAACAAGUGGGCAAACUGGCCGGUGAAGCGGGUCAGAUCGCCGGAGCGGUGGCACCCUACCAAGGCCUGACCAAGUCAAUGAAUGAGACCGUGGCCGCAUACAUCUAUUUCGACGGGAGGCAGAAGGAGGAAGUGGCCACGCUGCUGAGGAGAGGCGAAGAGACCUGGGUCAACUCGCGGUGGGUCAGCGUGCCCGAUUCCGAAGGCGGAGGAAUCGCAGAACGUGAAUUCCUGUUCCGCGAAGUCGGUCUGGAGCGCUGGCUCAACGGGCUGGAUCUAGAGGGCAAGGAUGCCGCAGCCAAGAUUGAACGCCGGCGACAGAAGAUGGAGAAGCGCCGCGUCAAGCGGGAGGAAGAACAGACCGCUAUGGAGAUGGAAGACAGCCACCCCGCCAGGUCGAAAUCGAUCAUGCGCUACGGCAAUGACGAAAAAUCGCCCCUCGAGGGCAUUUCCGAUGACGAUCUUUCCUCCGACUCGGACGAUGACGACCCCAUUCCCGAGACGGCGGGCCAGAUCAAGGUUGCUCUGUUCCGGGUUCUGGCAUCGGGAGAAAUUAAGCGCGGCGAAUACUCGCCUCAGUUCGACGCACACGAGGACGAAGAAGGUGGCCAGGACAACAGCGGUGGAGGAGAUGCCGAUGUCGAUCACACCACGAGCUUUGCAAAGCCCAAAUCCCUCGACCCUAAAAGCAUCAGCACACAGACCGUGACUGGGAUUGAUCCAAGCGAUAGGCCAUAUGCUACCUUCACUUUCAUGUAUCGUGGUGGACGGCAACUGCAAAAGAUGGGUAUUCUGAAGGACUCCAAGACACAAGAAACACCCGGUCACUCAAAGCGCAAGUCGAUCCACGAGGAUCUUGCCAACCUUGGACCAAUUAAGCCGGGCGGAGCUGCUGGAUUCCUGAACUUCCGGGAUAACGAACCCAGGGCGCGCAAGGGCAAAAAGUCCGACGAUGAUAUGGACAGCGAUGACGAUGAUAUGGAAAAUCCCAUUCUCGGAAGGGCCGAUGACGAAGAGGGAAAGGAUAAGAAUGACGAUCAGUUCUUAUCCCCGGAUGAUAUUCAACGCCAGGGAGAGCUGGCUGAGAGCAUGCGGAAGAUUCGACGCCAGCACUCCGCCGAGCCUCCUGGGAGCGCAGGCGACUCUACCGAUACGCCAGGCUCCGGUUCCGGGUCAACACCGCCAGCCACUGAGCGUUCGGCUACGCCCCCGAAGGGCACUGCAGCUGUCCCGGGGCCCGAGCCAACCCAGCCAGCUACCGAACUCUCCGACGGACUGUUUGGGAGCCCCCUGAAGAAGCAGCGAGCUAGUGUCUCCACUGCGGACGAGAACGCCCUGAGACGCCGGAUCGCCGAGUCAUCUGGUCGGAUCAACGAGGUCCUUGGCUCCUCCGCGCCCACCGAAUCCACCACGUCGACUACAUUCGGCAACAACCUCAAUCUUACCCCCGAGAUGUCGGCGGGUCCUGCUGAAGAGGAGUUGUAA